AUGAGUGACAGUUUUUUCAGGUUAGAUGCAGGCUAUCAACAGUAUGACUGGGGUAAAAUCGGUAGCUCCUCUGCCGUUGCUCAAUUUGCAUCACAUUCUGAUCCAUCUUUGAAAAUUGAAGAGGAUAAACCCUAUGCGGAAUUGUGGAUGGGUACCCAUCCAAAGGUUCCAUCUCUUCGUCAUGAUGACAAAAAAUCUCUUAGAGACAUUAUUGCAACCGAUCCAAAGAAAAUUUUGGGUAGUGCUGUUUGUGAUAAAUUUCAAACAACCAACUCUUUGCCUUUCUUGUUUAAAAUCUUGUCUAUUAACAAAGUUCUUUCCAUUCAAGCUCAUCCAGACAAGGCAUUAGGUAAAGUUUUGCGUGCACAAGAUCCAACGAACUAUCCAGAUGACAACCAUAAGCCGGAAAUGGCCCUCGCAGUUACAGAUUUUGAAGGAUUAUGUGGGUUUAAACCAUUGGAAGAAAUUGCAGAUGAAUUGAACCGUAUUCCAGAACUGAGGAACAUUGUUGGUGAAGAAGUCGCUAACGAAUUCUCACGCAAGAUUCACUCUGGUGCUGUUGGAGGCUCAUCUGAAGAUGAAGAGAAUAAAAAACUUUUGCAAGCAGUCUUUGGUAAAGUGAUGAAUGCAUCUGAUGAGGUGGUUGCCCAAAAUGCUCGUAAUUUGGUUAAAAGAGCUCAUGAAAGACCUAAUGAUUUCAACAACUCUGAUUUACCGGAAUUGAUUAUCAGAUUGAACGAGCAAUUCCCCGAUGAUGUAGGAUUGUUCUGUGGUUGUCUACUAUUGAACCACUGUAAACUGCAAGCUGGUGAGGGUAUGUUCUUAAGAGCUAAGGAUCCACAUGCCUACAUCAAUGGUGAUAUCGUCGAAUGUAUGGCUGCGUCCGAUAAUGUGGUGAGAGCUGGUUUUACUCCAAAAUUUAAGGAUGUGGAUAACCUAGUGUCUAUGUUGACUUACAGUUACGAUCCUGUGGAAGAACAGAAGAUGAAACCAAAGCCUUGGGAAAAAAGCUCCGGUGCAGGUGUUACCACUAAUUUUGAUCCUCCUAUUGAAGAAUUCGCCGUGAUGUACACUACUUUCAAGGAUGCUGUGGGUACAAGACAUUUCGAAGGUUUAGAAGGUGCAAGUAUUCUCAUCACCACAAAGGGUAAUGGUGAGAUUACCGCCAACGGCACCACUUUGAAAGCCGAACCUGGUUACGUGUUCUUCAUUGCAGCUAACACUUCAGUUGAUCUAAAGGCUCUAGAUACAGAUUUCACUACCUUUAGAGCAUUCACCAGUUUGUGA